ACGGACGCACGGAGCGCAGACGGGCAGACGGACACAGGAGCGCAGCGUCACUGGGCAGGGGCUGGUCAGCGGUUCAGAGAGAGAGAGAGAGAGAGAGAGGCGGAGGAGGCAUGGAGCACAUCCAUGCUCCCUGCUUUCUGCUUUUCACUGUCCGAGUCUGCACUGAUCCGAGUGUGCAAUGAACCGCAGAGAGGUGUGAGUGUGAGCACCUCGCACACAAGAGGAGGCACCGGGCACGCACGGGGCUGAUGGCUCCACACUGACACAGUGCUAUGGCGCUCAUGAUUCCUCCGGUGAAGCUCAAGUGGCUGGAGCACUUGAACGGCUCCUGGAUCACAGAGGACAGCGAGUCUGUGGCCACGCGGGAGGGCGUGUCCGCGCUGUACUCCAAACUUCUGUCCAACAAAGAGGUGGUUCUUCUGCCUCAGCAAAUGCUGUGCCUCAAAGGGCCUCAGCUGCCGGACUUUGAGCGCGAGUCUCUGUCCAGCGAUGAGCAGGAGCAUUACCUGGAUGCUCUGCUGGGCAGCCAGCUGGCUCUGGCCAAAAUGGUGUGCUCAGACUCUCCUUUCGCAGCAGCGCUUCGUAAACGUGUGCUGGUGCUGCAGCGCAUCUUUUAUGCACUAUCCAACAAAUACCAUGACAAAGGCAAAGUGAAGCAGCAGCAGCACUCGCCUGAGAACAGCUGUGGAUCCACAGACCUGCAGUCUGUAAGCGAGAGGCCACGCUCCAGCACCGACGCGCUCAUAGAGAUGGGGGUCCGCACUGGGCUCAGUCUGCUCUUCGCUCUGCUCAGGCAGAGCUGGAUGAUGCCCCCACCCGGCCACUCUGCCCCCGGAGGAACUAUUAACAUCUGCAACGACGUCAUCCACACGGCCAUCGACGUGGUCAGCUCCCUACCUCCUCUUUCUUUAGCCAACGAGAGCAAGAUCCCGCCCAUGGGCCUGGACUGCUUGGCCCAGGUCACCUCGUUCCUCAAAGGGGUGACCAUGCCAAACUCGGGGGCGGACAUUCUGGGCCGGCGGCUGGCCUCGGAGCUGCUGCUGGGGCUGGCCUCUCAGAGGGGCUCCCUGAGGUAUCUCCUGGAGUGGAUUGAGAUGGCUCUGGCUGCGUCGGCAGUGGUCAGUACAAUGGAGCAGAGCCAGAGUUUGAGUCUGGAGGGUCUGAUCAGCUACGACUGCUUCAUGAACAUCCUGAUGCAGAUGAGGCGCUCUCUGGGCUCCUCUGCAGAUCGCAGUCAGUGGAGGGAACCGACCCGAACGGUGGAUGGCCUCUGCUCUUUAUAUGAGGCGGCACUCUGUCUAUUUGAAGAAGUGUGCAGGAUGGCAUCAGAUUACUCGCGUACCUGUGUGAGCCCGGACAGUAUCCAGGCGGGCGAGGCUCCGCUAGUGUCAGAGAGCUGUGAGGUGUAUGUGUGGGGCAGUAACAGCAGCCAUCAGCUUGUGGAGGGAACUCAAGAGAAGAUUCUACAGCCCAAACUGGCCCCAAGCUUCGCAGAUGCACAGACAAUUGAGGCGGGUCAGUACUGCACGUUCGUCAUCUCGUCUGACGGCUCGGUGCGCGCUUGUGGGAAGGGCAGCUAUGGACGCCUGGGUCUGGGAGACUCUAAUAACCAGUCCACCCUGAAGAAGCUCACGUUCGAACCACACAGAGCCAUAAAGAAGGUGUCUUCGUCCAAAGGGUCUGACGGGCACACCCUGGCAUUCACCACAGAGGGGGAGGUGUUCAGCUGGGGAGACGGUGACUACGGCAAACUGGGCCACGGCAACAGCUCCACACAGAAGUACCCCAAACUCAUACAGGGGCCUCUGCAGGGGAAGGUGGUGGUGUGUGUGUCUGCUGGAUACAGACACAGUGCAGCGGUCAGUGAAGAUGGAGAAUUGUACACAUGGGGAGAAGGGGACUUCGGGAGAUUGGGUCAUGGAGACAGUAACAGUCGUAACAUCCCCACUCUGGUCAAAGACAUCAGUAAUGUUGGAGAGGUGUCAUGUGGAAGCUCACACACCAUUGCUUUAUCCAAGGACGGCCGCACAGUGUGGUCCUUUGGAGGUGGUGACAAUGGGAAACUAGGCCAUGGCGACACAAACCGGGUCUACAAACCUAAGUUAGUUGAAGCUUUACAAGGAAUGUUUAUAAGGAAAGUGUGCGCUGGGAGCCAGUCCUCUCUGGCCCUCACUUCCACGGGACAGGUGUAUGCGUGGGGCUGUGGUGCCUGUCUGGGCUGUGGCUCAUCUGAGGCCACAGCUCUCAGGCCUAAACUCAUCGAGGAGCUGGCUACAACUCGAGUGGUGGACAUCUCUAUAGGAGACAGCCACUGCCUCGCACUCUCACAUGACAAUGAAGUGUAUGCGUGGGGCAAUAACUCCAUGGGGCAGUGUGGGCAAGGGAACUCCACUGGACCCAUCACCAAACCAAAGAAGGUGGUGGGUUUAGAUGGAGUCGCCAUCCAGCAGAUCUCAGCCGGGACGUCCCACAGCCUCGCCUGGACUGCACUGCCCAGAGACAGGCAGGUGGUGGCUUGGCACCGUCCGUACUGUGUGGACUUAGAGGAGAGCACUUUUUCUCAUCUACGAUCUUUUCUGGAGCGUUACUGUGAAGGCAUCAACAGUGAAGUACCCCCACUGCCCUUUCCUUCAUCCAGAGAGCAUCAUAAUUUCCUGAAGCUGUGCUUGCGCCUUUUGUCCAAUCAUCUCGCUCUGGCGCUGGCUGGAGGCGUGGCCACCAGUAUCCUAGGACGACAGGCCAGACCCCUCAGAAACCUGCUCUUCAGACUCAUGGACUCCUCUGUGCCUGACGAAAUUCAGGAGGCUGUGAUUGAAACUCUGUCGGUAGGAGCCACAAUGCUGCUGCCUCCGCUCAGAGAGAGGAUGGAGCUGCUCCACACUUUACUGCCACAGGGACCUGACCGUUGGGAGAGCCUCUCCAAAGGACAGAGGAUGCAGUUGGAUAUUAUCCUAACUAGCCUGCAGGACCACACCCACGUGGCCUCUCUUUUGGGGUACAGCUCCCCUGCAGACGGCCCUGAGCUGCUCUCUGGCUCUGGGUUCACCCAGUCUCCAGACCCAGACUACAGCAGCCCGGGUAGCCACCCCGACACCCACCUCGCAGAGAUCCUCAUGAAGACACUGCUCAGGAACCUUGGAUUCUACACCGACCAGGCGUUUGGUGAACUGGAGAAGAACAGUGAUAAACUGCUCCAAGGCAUGUCCUCCUCUGACAGCAGCCAACCCGCUCACCUGCACCAGCUGCUCUGCUCUCUACAGAAGCAGCUGCUAGCAUACUGCCACAUCAAUGCUGUCACUGAGACCUCCAGCAGUGUGGCUCUGCUCCACAAACACCUCCAGCUGCUGUUGCCUCAUGCCACCGACAUCUUCUCUCGAUCAGCCACUCUAAUUAAAGAGAGCUCCUGGAACGGCAGCAUCAGAGAGAAACUGCAAGAUGUGAUAUUUGUGUCAGCCGCCGGCAGCAUGCUGUGCCAAAUCAUCAACUCUCUUCUUCUGCUGCCGGUGUCUGUGGCCAAACCUCUGCUGUCUCACCUGCUCGAUUUGCUGCCCCCUCUGGACAAACUGAACCGCCUGCUCCCUGCCGCUGCUCCACUGGAGGACCAGGAGCUGCAGUGGCCUCUACACGGCACAUCAGACUUUGCAGAACCGACUUCGGGCAUGUCCCAGGAGGCCUUGUCCUGGGUGUGGCUGGUAGAUUUGGAGCGGACUGUGGCACUGCUCGUGGGGCGGUGUCUGGGGGGGAUGCUGCAGGGUGCCCCCACCUCUCUGGAGGAGCAGGACACAGCGUACUGGCUCAAAACUCCCAUCUUCAGUAAUGGGCUUGAAAUGGAUAUACCACAACUAGACACCUGUAUCAGCUCCCUGUUGGAGGUGGCUCUCUCGGGGAACGAGGAGCAGAAGCCCUUUGAGUUCAUUUUGGGCCCAGACCUCAGUGUCCUGGUGGAACUGGCUCUGGGCUCCUCCAAAGAACCAGCCAACGCUCUUUGGAUCAACAUGCAGGACUAUGCCAUCAGCAAAGACUGGGAUAAUGCAUCUUUAAGUAAUGAGACCCUCUUGGACACUGUCUCCAGAUUUGUGUUGGCGGCUUUACUGAAGCACACUGGACUCUUAGCACAAGCCAGAGGGGAGGGGAGAUACCAGCCGUCUAAACUGUUGGCGGAGGUGUACCGCAGCGUUUAUAAAGUCCGAAACCGUCUGUUAGCCUGUAAGAACAUGGACUUCAUCCAGACAAGAUCUUCAUCACGAGAGAGAAGGAUCUCAGAGAACCAGGACUCAUUGGAUAUGGACCCUCAGGAGCACUCGUUCACCCGGACAAUUGACGAGGAGGCGGAGCUUGAGGAGCGAGCGGACAGAGACAGAGAGGAAGGGCAUCAGGAACAGGAGGAAGAAGAGGAGGAUCGAGAGCACGAGGUCAUGACGGCCGGAAAGAUCUUCCAAUGUUUCCUCUCAGCUCGAGAAGUGGCCCGGAGCCGCGGCCGAGAGAGGGCCAGCAGCAGCACUGGUCUGGGCUCCACCUCAGUCUCCCGGGCAGGAACGGGAGGAGGAGGGGGAGGGGAGGAGGAGGGCUGUGUCAACCAGGAGGGCCGUCGGGGCAGUGGGUCUCUUGUUGAGGGGCAGGACUUGUACACUGCAGCCUGCAACUGUGUGGUCCACCGCUGUGCUCUGCUCAUCUUGGGGGUCAGUCCAGUCUUGGGAGAACUCACCAAACAGAACCCUGAGGAGAAUCAAAAUCAGACCACACCAGGGACCCAGGACUGCCUCAGCUACAUGACGCGGAGUGAGAGCAUGAGCGCAGAGAGCCGUUCGGUUCAGAGCAGCCCCAGUUACAGACUCAUGAAGUCCCGGAGCGAGUCGGACUUGUCCCAGCCUGAGUCCGACGAGGAGGGAUACAGCCUGAGUGGACGCAGAAAUGUUGACCUGGAUUUAACGUUCUCACACAAGAAAAGAGGCUUGUUGUACAGCUCUCCAGACUCUCUGGCAGAGUCCUGGUUUAGGGCCAAACUCAGUCGCCAGAGGAGCUACAGUUCCGCCUGUUCGUACGAGGAAUCUGACCUGGAUCUGAACCGGUCUCUGGGGGUCCAUGCGCUUAUCGAUAACAUGCUGAGCUUCAUCAGCGGAGACGUGGGUUUAGCUCCGGCCUUCAGGGAGCCAGAGGAGAGCAUGUCCACCAGCCCCCAGGCUCUUAUCCUGGCCAUGGAGCAGCAGCAGAGCAGGGCUGAGCUGCGCCUGGAGGCUCUUCACCAGAUCGUGGUGCUGAUCUCUGGGAUGGAGGAAAAGGGCUCUGCUCCAGGGAACAGCGAUCGCUCCGGCCCCUUCCACUCCUCCUCUCUCCUAACUUCCGUACGUCUGCAGUUUCUUGCUGGCUGCUUUGGUCUGGGCACUGUGGGCACUGGGGGGCUGAAGAGAGAGAGUGUGCAGUUACACCACUACCAGGAUGGGAUAAAAGCAGCCAAACGUAGUCUUCAGAUGGAGAUACAGACAGCAGUUCAUAAGAUUUACCAGCAGCUCUCAGUGACAUUGGAGAGAGCUCUGCAGGCCAACAAGCACCACAUAGAAGCUCAGCAGCGCCUCCUGUUGGUGACUGUAUUUGCCCUGAGCGUGCGGUAUCAGCCUGUAGAUGUAUCUUUGGCCAUCUCCAGUGGACUCCUGAAUGUUCUGUCUCAGUUGUGUGGUACAGAGACCAUGUUAGGACAACCUCUUCAGCUUCUGCAGAAGCCAGGAGUGUCCCAGCUCAGCACUGCACUCAAAGUGGCCUCCACCAGACUCUUGCAGAUACUGGCUAUCAGCACAGGGACGUAUGCAGACAAGUUGAGUCCCAAAGUGGUCCAGUCUCUGUUGGACCUCCUUUGCAGCCAGCUCAAAAACCUGUUGUCUCAGGCCGGAGUGGGGCAGCUGUCCUCAGGGAAGGACCAGGAUGAGAAAAAACAUGAAGACCACACCGACUCUGACAAGAAAGACUUUAGAGCCGUUCUCCGUCGACAGCACACAGCUGAGCUACAUCUUGGAGACUUCUUAGUUUUCUUGAGGAGAGUGGUGUCAUCUAAAGCCAUCCAAUCCAAGAUGGCCUCCCCCAAAUGGACUGAAGUAUUGCUCAAUAUCGCUGCUCAGAAAUGCUCCUCAGGAGUCCCACUGGUGGGGAACCUGAGGACUCGACUUUUGGCUCUUCACGUUUUGGAGGCUGUGCUUCCGGCAUGUGAGGCCAACAUGGAGGAUGAUCAGAUGACACAGGUUGUGGAGCGGCUGUUCACGCUGCUGUCUGACUGUAUGUGGGAAGCUCCAGUUGCUCAGGCCAAACACUCGAUGCAAAUUAAAGAAAGAGUUCAAGAAUUAAAACUACUGGGUGAUUCUGAGGAGGAGGAUGAAAACCUGCCAAUCCAGGAGGUGUCAUUUGACCCAGAGAAGGCGCAGUGCUGCGUGGUGGAGAAUGGACAGGGCCUGACCCACGGCAGUGGAGGGAAGGGCUAUGGCCUCGCCUCCACCGGCAUCUCCUCUGGAUGUUACCAGUGGAAGUUCUACAUAGUGAAAGAGAACCGUGGUAAUGAGGGCACGUGUGUGGGCGUGUCCAGAUGGCCGGUCCACGACUUUAACCACAGAACGACAUCGGACAUGUGGCUUUACCGAGCCUACAGCGGAAACCUGUACCACAAUGGGGAGCAGACACUCACCCUAAGCAGCUUCACGCAGGGAGACUACAUCACCUGUGUGUUAGACAUGGAGGCUCGCACCAUCUCAUUCGGCAAGAAUGGAGAGGAACCAAAGUUGGCAUUUGAAGAUGUGGACGCCACUGAGCUCUACCCCUGUGUGAUGUUCUACAGCAGUAACCCUGGAGAGAAGGUAAAGAUCUGUGACAUGCAGAUGCGCGGUACUCCUCGGGACUUGCUCCCUGGUGACCCUGUCUGCAGCCCCAUGGCCACAGUUUUGGCUGAAGCCACAACUCAGCUUAUCCGAAUCCUCCAUCGCACUGACCACUGGACCCACCGCAUCAACAAAAUCAUGAUCGAACGCCUGCACAAAAUUAAACUGUGCUUUAAGGAGUGUGCCAGUUCUGCCUCCGGGGGCAGUGUGGGGCAAAGGCUGAAGAAAAGCCGUUCUGUGCAAAGCAGAGAAGAGCAUGAUGCCCAAAAGGAGAUUCAGGACAUGCCCCCAAGGCCUGAGGAGGAGAGGGGGAGACACGGGAGGCAGCAUGGACUAGCAGAUUUGUCAGAGCAUCAUUUGAAGACGCUGUGUAUCGAAGUCUGGCCUGUACUAGCGGUGAUCGGAGGAGCAGACGCGGGUUUGAGAGUGGGAGGAAGGUGUGUGCAUAAACAGACCGGGAGGCAUGCAACGCUGCUUGGAGUGGUGAAAGAGGGAAGUACAUCGGCCAAAGUGCAGUGGGACGAAGCCGAAAUCACCAUCAGCUUCCCAACUUUCUGGUCGCCUAGUGAUACUCCAUUAUACAACCUGGACCCAUGUGAGCCACUUCCUUUCGACGUCAUGCGGUUUCGGGGCCUAACCGCAUCCUUGCUUCUGGAUCUGACCUAUCUGACCAGUAUUCAUGAGGAAAACGCAGCCAAGCUAAGCGCCCAAAGACAUUACAAAAAACAUAGAAGUACUCCAUCAACCGGACAAGAACAGAGUAAUACUGACGACAAAGCUGACAGCGACCACAACGAAACCAAGGACUCUCAAAAUAAUAUUCCAUCUUCUGAUCUAAGAGUCUCACACAGCUUGGAUGAAGUAAAAGCACAUGCAGCGCCCAAUUCAAAAUCAGAAAGUGAGAUUUCAUAUGUAGCAAAUGACAGUAUUUUUAGCCCAAGUACCCACACGCCAGCAGAGAGUAGCAGGAAGAAGGGGGGGCAUGAACAUGGAGGUGGGAGGAGCCAUGAGUCUCCCUGUACGGCGGUCACGCAGUCGGAGAUCCACGCGGUGCAGUUGUCCUAUCUAUACCUGGGCGCAAUGAAGGCUCUGAGUGCUCUGCUCAGCUGCAGCAAGUACGCAGAGCUGCUACUCAUCCCAAAGGUUUUGCCUGAGCCAACUCCUUCUGGUCAUAAUGCAGACCUGAACUCGAGUGCAGGAGUGCCCCCUGUUGCCUCGUCGCCAGUAUGUCAGGAAGAGGUGGAAAUGAGAGCUGCUCUACAGUUUCUAAUGCGGCACAUGGUGAAGAGAGCCGUGAUGAGGUCCCCCAUAAAACGAGCUCUGGGCCUGGCUGAUCUGGAGCGGGCUCAGGCUAUGAUCUAUAAACUGGUGGUCAGUGGACUACUGGAGGAGCCAACCACAGGGAAGACCAAAACUGUGCGCAGUGAACCAGAGGGUGAAGCAGAGGGGGCAGAGGGAGAGCAGACUGCCCAGACUCCAGUCACAACCAGCCCCUCCGCCUCCAGCACCACCUCCUUCAUGAGUUCCUCUCUGGAGGACACCACCACUGCCACCACCCCUGUCACCGACACAGAGACUGUCCCAGCCACAGAGUCCCCUGGGGUCAUGCCUCUCAGCCUGCUCAGACAAAUGUUCUCGAGUUACCCCACCACCACGCUGGGGCCUUCACGCAGAGCUCAGACUCCUCCGGUUUCCUCUCUGCCCACCUCCCCCUCUGACGAAGUGGGUCGCAGGCAGAGUCUCACGUCUCCCGACUCCCAACCCUCAAGACCCCAGAACAGAGCCGGCACCUCCUUGUCAGACCCCACGAGUCGUCUGUCCACGUCUCCUCCUCCUCCGGCUAUUGCUGUCCCUCUGCUGGAAAUGGGUUUCUCUCUGAGACAAAUAACCAAAGCCUUAGAAGCCACAGGAGCUCGUGGAGAAGCAGAUGCCCAGAACAUAACAGUUUUGGCUAUGUGGAUGAUUGAGCACCCAGGAGAUGAUGACCAUGAGGAGACCAGACCCAGCAGUGUGGGCGGAGAGUCGGACCCCUCGUGCCCUGGAGCCACUGCCUCUUCUGGGGGAAAGUCUCAGGACCGCAGCCCCUACCUCUGCUGCCCUGGGGAUAUCUCUAAUGCAGACGCAGAGCUGGAGGAGGGAUUCAGUGAGAGUCCGGAGGGUCUGGAGCAGGAGAAUGCCUCAGCCUCCAGUGGCGCUCCUCACAGGGGCAGAGCGGCUGGACGCAAGCACAGAUUUGACCUGGCUGCACGUACUCUGCUGGCUCGAGCUGCUGGUUUGUACCGCUCGGUCCAGGCCCAUCACAGUCAGAGCCGCAGAGAUGUUCCACCCCUCCCCCCUCUGCAGCAGCAGGACCCCGGAGCUCUGUAUGACUUUAACCUGGAUGAGGAGCUGGAGAUGGAUCUGGAUGAGGAGACUAUGGAGGCCAUGUUUGGACAGGACCUGAGCUCCGACUCAGAUAUUCUGGGAAUGUGGAUCCCAGAGGUAUUGGACUGGCCAACCUGGCAUGUUUGUGAGGCCGACGACCGCGACGAGGUGGUGGUGUGUGAGCUGUGUGAAGCUAAUGUUGCUAACUUUAAUGCACACAUGAAGAAGAGCCACCCGGGCUGUGGGCGCAGCGCCAACAGACAGGGUUACCGUAGCAACGGGUCAUACGUGGACGGCUGGUUCGGAGGCGAGUGUGGCAGUGGGAACCCGUACUACCUACUCUGUGGAAGCUGCAGGGAGAAGUACUUGGCCAUCAAGAGCAAGGCCAAAGUGCCCAUUGUGGAAAGGUACAAAGGCCAAGCUCCUGAUCUGCUCGGCAAACAGGACAGUGUCUAUGAAGAGGACUGGGACAUGCUGGAUGUGGAUGAGGAGGAUAAGCUCACUGGAGAGGAGGAGUUUGAGCUUCUGGCUGGGCCUCUGGGUCUGAGUGAGCGAAGGAUUGUCCCUGAAGCUGUGCAGUUUUCAGACAGUGACCCCCUUGGAGCCUCCAUCGCUAUGGUGACCGCCACCAACAGCAUGGAGGAGACGCUGCUGCAGAUCGGCUGUCAGACAUCUGUGGAUAAGAGCUCUUCAGGAAGAGUGACUCUUGGAGAGCAGGCGGCUGCUCUGCAGACGCCACACGACCGAGUGAUGGCUCUGAGGAGAGUCACCGCAGCAGCUCAGGUCCUACUCGCCAGAACCAUGGUCAUGAGGGCUCUGUCUCUGCUCUCUGUCAGUGGUUCCAGCUGUAGUCUGGCUGCAGGUCUGGAGUCUCUGGGUCUCACUGACAUCAGGACUCUGGUUAGACUCAUGUGUUUAGCUGCUGCAGGAAGAGCUGGACUCUCCACCAGCCCCCCCUCCGGGUCCGGCCCACACGAGAGGCCCCGUGGAGCAGCCAAGACCAGCAAACCCAUCUCCUGCCUGGCCUACCUCAGCACCGCUGUGGGCUGCCUGGCCUCCAACAACCCCAAUGCAGCCAAACUACUGGUUCAGCUCUGCACACAGAACCUGAUUUCUGCAGCGACCGGGAUGAACUUGACCACGGUGGAUGAUCCAAUCCAGAGGAAGUUUCUGCCCAGUUUCCUGAGAGGAGUCGCAGAGGAGAAUAAACUCAUUACAUCUCCAAACUUUGUGGUGACUCAGGCUCUUGUGGCUCUGCUCGCUGACAAAGGGGCCAGGCUCAGACCGGCCUACGACAAGACUGACAUGGAGAAGAGAGGUCUAAUUGCGCACUUGUAUGCCCAUCCUUCCCAUAACCCCUCCGCUGUAGGCCCCCUGGAGCUGGCUAACGCCCUGGCUGCGUGCUGCCUCUCCUCGCGCCUCUCCUCGCAGCAUCGGCAGUGGGCGGCGCAGCAACUUGUCCGAACGCUAGCGGCUCACGACCGAGACAACAACCAGACCCGACCACAGACUUUUGCAGACAUGGCUGGAGACCUGAGGAAAUGUUCUUUCAUCAAACUGGAGGCACAUCAGAGCAGGGUGAUCACUUGUGGCUGGUGUAGUAAAAAAGGGCUUUUGGCAACGAGUGGAAAUGAUGGAACGGUUCGACUGUGGACUGUGACGAAAAACCAAUACACUCUGCAGCAGACCUGUAUCUUCAAUAAGAAUGAUGGUUCUUCAGAGGAGGGGAUGUCUGGACUCGGAUCCCCCAGUGACCCUUCUCUCUCCCCUUUGGCCUGGAGCGUCACCGGAAAGUACCUGGCCUCUGCCAUGGAGAAGAUGGUCAACAUCUGGCAAGUCAAUGGGGGUAAGGGGCUGUUGGACGUCCAGCCUCACUGGGUCUCUGCUCUGGCCUGGCCUCGAGAGGAGGCUGAGUCUCUGUGGUGUGCGGAGCCCAAAGACCUGCUGCUGGUGGGACGAAUGGAUGGUACCCUAGGCCUGAUCGAAGUCCUGGAUUCCUCCUCUAUGCACCGCACCGAACUCGAGCACUGCUAUAGGAAAGAUGUGGCAGUGAUGCAAAUCGCGUGGUAUAGUGAGGACAAGCCUUUUGCUGUGGGAUACGCCGACGGGAAGCUGCUCAUCGGGUCCAAAGAGCCUCUGGAGAAAGGAGCCAUAGUGGUGAUUGAUGCACAUAAGGAGUCAAUCACUAGUAUGAAGUGGAGUCCAAAUGGUCAGAUGCUGAUGACUUGUGCCAAAGAGGAGACUGUGAAGCUGUGGGGUGCCGAUCACAACUCUGGCUCUGGGUGGCGCUGUCUGCAGAGCAUCAGGAACCCCUCUGUGGUCAAUGGAGUGGCCUGGUGCGGCCUCCCUGGACGAGCCCCCAGACCCCUCGCCAUGAUAGCCAUAUGUUGCCAAAAUGGUCUGGUCUCCAUCUGGACUGUACCUCAGGAAAUCUCGAACUUUCCAGAAUCCACCUGUGGAGUGGACGGAUGGUGGGAUAGUGACAACAAGCCAAAGUUCAGGUGCCCUGGGUGGUCAGAGGAGGGCGCUGUGUGUGUGUUCCAGUUGAAAGGCCACAUCACUCCUAUUCGUACAGUAGCCUUCUCUCCUGAUGGUCUGGCUCUGGCUUCUGGAGGUUUAGGAGGCCUCAUGAACAUCUGGUCUCUGCGAGACGGCUCGGUGCUGCAGUCCGUAGUGGCCGGGUCAGGAGCCAUCCAGAGUAUCGUGUGGGUCCCAGAUGUGGGCGUCGCCGUCUGCUCCAACAGGUCCAAGGAUGUUUUGGUAGUGAACUGCUCCAAAGAUUUCAUGUCGUCAAACCACGUGUUAGCGACGUGCCGCUCGGCCCUGAAAAGGCAGGGGGUAGUGGGGCUCAACAUGGCCCCAUGUAUGAGGGCCUUCCUGGAGAGGCUGCCCGUCAUGCUGCAGGAACAAUACGCCUACGAGAAGCCUCAUGUCGUUUGUGGAGAGCAGUUGGUGCACAGUCCAUACAUGCAGUGUUUGGCUUCUUUGGCUGUGGGACUUCACCUGGACACGCUCCUCUGUUGCCCGCCGGUCCCCCCUCAUGUCAGACAUUGCCCCCUAGAGUCUGGGCUGGCCGUAUGGACUGCGAGUGAAUGGGCAUGGCUAGACUGCUUCUCCACCACAGUGAAGGCAGCAGAGGCUUUGGGCCGAGGACUCACUUUCCCAGAAUCCUUCACUGUCCCCGACCUCGAACCAGUGGCCAAGGAGGAGAUGGCUCUGCUAAUGGAUAACAGUAAAUGGGGUUCUGGAAUGGAUGAGCAGAUCAUGUCUUGGGCCACUUCCAGACCAGAGGACUGGCACCUUGGAGGGAAGUGUGAUGCAUAUUUGUGGGGAGCCGGACGACAUGGACAGUUAGCCGAAGCCGGAAGAAACAUUCUGGUGCCGACUAUAGCGCCCUCUUUCUCUCAGGCUCAGCAGGUGGUGUGUGGUCAGAACUGCACGUUUGUCAUUCAGCCCAAUGGGACAGUGUUGGCCUGUGGAGAGGGAAGCUACGGCCGACUGGGACAAGGAAACUCAGACGACCUUCAUGUGCUCACCGUCAUCUCCGCUCUACAAGGUUUUGUGGUGACGCAGCUGGUGACCUCCUGUGGCAGUGAUGGGCACUCCAUGGCGCUCACAGAGAGUGGGGAGGUGUUCAGUUGGGGAGACGGAGACUACGGAAAACUGGGACAUGGGAAUUCCGACCGACAGAGAAGACCACGGCAGAUAGAAGCACUGCAGGGGGAGGAGGUGGUACAGAUGUCAUGUGGGUUCAAACACUCAGCCGUAGUCACUGCUGAUGGAAAACUCUUCACUUUUGGAAACGGAGACUAUGGACGAUUGGGGCUUGGAAACACGUCCAACAAAAAGCUCCCAGAGAAGGUCACAGCACUGGAGGGAUACCAAGUGGGACAGGUGGCCUGUGGUCUCAACCACACUUUAGUCGUGUCUGCUGAUGGGAUGAUGGUUUGGGCUUUUGGAGACGGAGACUACGGAAAACUGGGGCUCGGAAAUUCCACGGCCAAGUCCUCUCCUCAGAAAGUGGACGUAUUGUGUGGAAUUGGCAUAAAGAAAGUGGCCUGUGGGACUCAGUUUUCUGUAGCUUUAACCAAAGAUGGAAAAGUUUACACCUUUGGCCAAGACCGUCUAAUCGGUCUCCCCGAGGGCAGAGCCAGGAACCAUAACCGUCCUCAGCAGGUGCCAGCUCUGUCUGGAGUCCAGGUGACUGACAUCGCUGUGGGGGCGGAGCAUUCACUGGUGCUCUCCUCCACUGGGGAAGUCUACACCUGGGGCAGCAACUCAGAGGGACAGCUGGGUCUGGGUCACACUAACCACGUUCGGGAGCCGACUUUAGUUGCCGCUCUUCAGGGAAAAAAUAUCCAUCAGAUCUCAGCCGGACGCUGCCACAGCGCAGCCUGGAGCGCCCCCUCUGUGCCCCCCAGAGCCCCAGGCUCCUCUGUUCCUCUACAGUUGGGUCUGCCUGUGUCUGUGCCUCCUCAGUUCAGUGCUCUGAAGGAGGUCAGUAUGGAGUCUGUCCGAGCUCGGCUCCGUCUGCUCUACCACUUCUCUGACCUCAUGUACUCAUCAUGGAGACUGCUCAACCUCAGCCCCAACAAUCAGAGCUGUACGUCUCAUUAUAACGCUGGUACUUGGGGCAUCGUACAGGGGCAGCUCAGACCCCUCCUGGCCCCUCGAGUCUACACUCUGCCCAUGGUCCGUUCCAUUGGAAAAACUAUGGUCCAAGGAAAGAACUACGGUCCCCAGAUCACUGUCAAACGCAUCUCCACACGCGGCCGUAAGUGUAAGCCCAUCCUGGUGCAGAUCGCUCGGCAGGUGGUGAAGCUGAACGCAUCCGACCUGAGGCUUCCGUCUCGGGCCUGGAAGGUGAAGCUUGUGGGGGAGGGAGCUGAUGACGCCGGAGGAGUGUUUGAUGACACUAUCACUGAGAUGUGCCAGGAGCUGGAGACUGGAGUGGUGGACCUGCUCAUCCCUUCACCCAACGCCACAGCAGAGGUCGGCUACAACAGAGACAGGUUCCUGUUUAACCCAUCGGCCUGCCUGGAUGAGCACAUGUUACAGUUUAAGUUCCUGGGAAUCCUGAUGGGCGUGGCCAUCCGCACUAAGAAACCUCUGGACCUGCACCUAGCUCCUCUGGUGUGGAAGCAGCUGUGCUGUAUCCCACUGAGUCUGGAGGACCUGGAGGAGGUGGACCUGCUCUACGUACAGACACUGAAGAGCAUUCUGUACAUCGAGGACAGCGGCAUCACCGAGGACAACUUCAACGAUAUGAUCACUCUGGACUCGUUCGUGGGGCAGAGCGCUGAUGGAAAGAUGGUUCCCAUAAUCCCCGGAGGAAACAGCAUCCCUCUGACCUUCUCCAACAGGAAAGAAUAUGUGGACAGAGCCAUUGAGUACAGGCUUCACGAGAUUGACAGACAGGUGGCUGCAGUGAGAGAGGGCAUGUCCUGGAUCAUCCCGGUGCCCCUCCUCUCUCUCCUCACCUCUAAACAGCUGGAGCAGAUGGUGUGUGGUCUGCCUGAGAUCAGCUGUGAUGUCCUGAAGAAGGUGGUGCGGUAUAGGGAGGUGGAUGAGCAGCAUGCACUGGUGCAGUGGUUCUGGCAGACGCUGGAGGAGUUUUCAAAUGAGGAGAGAGUUUUGUUCAUGCGCUUCGUGUCCGGACGCUCCAGGCUCCCGGCGAAUACAGCAGAUAUAUCACAGAGGUUUCAGAUCAUGAAGGUGGACAGGCCGUACGACAGUCUGCCCACCUCCCAAACGUGCUUCUUUCAGCUUCGCCUGCCUCCGUACACGAGCCAAAGUGUCAUGGCUGAAAGACUGCGCUAUGCCAUCAAUAACUGCAGAUCGAUCGACAUGGACAACUAUAUGCUGUCCAGAAAUGUGGACAAUGCAGAGGGGUCGGACACGGACUACUGACCCCUCUAAAGAACUACAAAAAGACUACAAAUCCCAACACACAAACUCUGCUACAAACAGGUGGCAUUUUACCUGCAUCGAAACAGCACAGCGUUCAUCUGUCUCCCACUUUGUUUAUUUUCCAAUUAUCAUUUUUUAACAACACAUUUGAAAAGUGCAUUUAGUGACUUUGGUUUGGUUUUUGCAUGGACUGGUGGAUAUUCAUUUUGGACAAAAAAAAAAAUGUACAAAGCGUGUUGAAAGAGAGAGGGGAAAAAGGGAAGAUCUUAAGUGUACAUUGUGUAAAAUUCUUCAUUUGAAAAAAAAAUAUGUUUUACAUAAAAUCCAUAUUUAUUGUUUUCAUUGCCUUUUGAGGAAGUCCCCAGAGCAACGACAAUAAAUGCUGCACAA